GUGGUACGGCGUAAAGGUGCAAUGCGUGUGGGACAGCUCGGGGCGACUGGCGUCUCCGUCACGCGUUCUGCAAUACGCAUUCCCAGAGACACACAAGGGCGAGGCGCUGACGUCAUGGCGGGUGGACGACAGCAACAGCAGCUACCACUCGCGCUACUUCCGCAUCCGCUUCGCCCGCCAGGACGUGGGGCUGCGAGAGGUCGCCUGCUUCCACCUGCCUGUGCGCCAGAAGAGGCCAUUCGACGAACCUGUCUCUCUACGUUUCGAGCUCCUCCACGCGCCCUUCACAGCAGGGCGGGGCAACGUGCCCCCUGACGACCUGGACCCGGUGGCGAGGCAGAUCGUGCGCAUUCCGGGCGGCAUGUGGCACCACGUGCACGAGUACACGCCUGUCACAUUCGACACGAUGCACUUCGCUCAGCUGGAUGUUACGGUGCAUGCCGCCAUGCUGCACUUCUCCAAGCCUCCUCUCCACUCCGCCCCUCGACCCAGUUAUGAAGAAUUCUUUAUGUAUUCUCCCUUCCUCCCCUCUGUCCCUCCUUCCCCUCCCCUUCCCCUCCCCUUUCCCCUCCUCCUUUCCCUCCGCUCUCUCACCACCUCCCUUAAUCCUUCCCCGCACGAGCAUCUCAGCACCCUUUCCGCAAGACCUCUGUACCCCUUACCCACCACUCCAAACACCCUUUUCCCCCGUGCCACUCCCAGGGGGGAGGAGGGUGGCGUGGUGGGUGGCGGCGUGGUGGCGGGUAUUGAUGUGGCAGGGGAGCCAACUCCAGAUGCGAUGCUAGAGAGCAUUCCCGUCGGAGGUGGGGAGGCUGCUGGUGGUGUGGCGGGUAAUGGGGAUGCAGCGGGGUCUGUGGCGACCAGGCAGAGGAGCAAAGGGAAUUUUGCUGCAGGGGAGCAGGAGAAGAAUGGCAAGACAAAGCUCGCGGACCCCGCAACAAGGACCAUGGCGUGUCUGCUGCUCGAAUCCGCUCUCCUCCUGCGCUCCCUCAACGCUGCCCUCGCUGCCACAUACAACCUGCACCACCUGCAACCGGCCCUCGACUCCAUGGCCGAACAGUCACACUGCUCUCCUGUGCUCGCCAGUGCACUGCGCAAGCUGAUGGGUCAGUCCGACAGAGAAGAUGGUGACAGGGCAGAUGCUGACAGGGAACGUGCUGACGUGGCAGAUGCUGACGGGGCAGAUGCUGGCGGGGCAGAUGCUGACAGGGCAGGGGCGAAAGCCGGUGGAGUGGAGGCGAGCAGAAGUGAGGGGCCAGGUGCAGCAGCAGAGAGAGGGGCGAGUGGGAGUGGUGAGGCUGCAGAGGGCAGUGAAGGGGGUGGUGGUGACUGUAACGGAGGUGACAAUGGAUUGAAGGGGCGAGCACAGGAGCGGGAGGGAGAAGGUGUGGCUGUGGGGGGUGAUGGGGGAGGGAAGCAGAGUGGUGGUGGGUCGGGCACGGUGACGAGCGGUGGUGAUGGUGGUGAUGGUGUGAGUGAUGGGGUUAACGAUGCUGGGGGUGGAAGCAGAGAGGACGGUGGGAAGGGGGAGUUGAGUGCAGAGGAUGGGGCGGGCAGUCAGGUGGGGAAGAGGGAUACAACCAGCACCACCGGGGUGGCUGUGACUGUUGGGAGUGUGAGUAUAACGGAGGAGGAAGUGGAAGCAGUGAAGGUUGCGGCAAAGGGUCUCGUGACUGCGUAUUGGACGUCCUUCCUCAGCAUGCACAAGCUGUGCCACGUGGAGCUUUGCACUGUGCUGCGGCAGCAGUGGGUGGCAAACCAAGCACGGGAGGCAGCCCCGUGGGUGUAUGCAUCCUCCUCGCCCGUGCAGACGGAGCAGCUCUUCGGCCUCGACCGCUGGCCCGAUGUGACUGUUGCCAAGCAUUCUCUGCCUCAAGACAAGCAGUCCGAUCUCGCCCUCCUCUCAGCAGCCUUGGCCCGCCAGGUGCGGGCGGCCAUGCCUGCAGUACCCUCCGCCGUGCUCUCCCUUCCUCCGUGCCGGCCGCAGCUGCUGCCUCGACCCGCCCUCACCACCACUCUGAACCUGGUACUACUCUCUUCUCAUCAUCCCAUGACCUGCUUUCCCACCCCUCCCCACCCGACCCUCCCACUCCCGUUUCUCUCAUUCAUCUCCUCUCCUAUUCUUCUCUUGUUUCCUCUCUCCCAUUCCCCUUCUUUCACGUUCCCACUCCCCACAUCCCUGCCCCCUUCUCGAUUCCCGCCGUUGGCCCUCGUCCUCUCCUCUUGUCCCUCUCCAUGCAUCUCUCCUGGUGCACCUCAUCCUCCUUUCCUCACCUCCACCAUCAUUUUCCCACCCCCUCCUCUCCAUCGGACCCGUCACUCGCCCGACGCCAGCUUUGCUGCUGCUGCUGCUUCGGCCAUCAAUGCCAGUUAUCCCACAUCCACCUUCCCCAGUCCUCCCCUCCCCAUCUCCCCCUCCCUCCUCCCCACCACCUCCACCUCUCUCGACUCCCUCCUCUCCUCCCUGCAAACCCACCCGCCCGCCUCCAUCCCCUUCUGCCUCUCCUCGCCCCACCGCCCACCCAUCUCCACCCAUCUCAACCACCUCCCAUCUCUCAGCCCAGCAGCAGCAGCAGGAGGAAGAGGCACAGAAUCCCCCGGUGUAUCUGGUGCAGGUUCGACAGGAGUGGAGGGUGGCAAGAAGGCGACUCGGGGAAAGCAUGUGGUGGUGUUUGUGCACGGGUAUCAGGGCCACCGCAUGGACCUAAGGCUCGUGCGUGACAGCUGGCGUCUGCUAGACCCCGACAUAGAGUGUCUCAUGGCCGAGAGCAACGAGACAAACUCCGCCGCCCCGCACUCCCCCUCCCCGUCCUCCUCGUCGCACUCGCCCGCCCGCGCCCCGGACCUGAGUGGGGUGGAGGCGAUGGGAGCUCGGCUGGCGCAUGAGGUGGUAACCGCGUUACGCAGCAUGUUUGGGCCGAUUGACCGGCCCAAUAGGAAGAAUGUGUUGCAACGGUUGUCCUUUGUGGGGUACUCGAUUGGGAACCUUGUCGUGCGGGCGGCACUGGCAGACGACAGCAUGCGGCCGUACCUGCCCUACCUGCACCUCUACCUGUCCUUCUGCGGCCCCCACCUGGGCUACAUGUACCAUUCCAACUCCCUUGUCUCGGGCGGCAUGUGGCUGCUCAAGCGCCUCGACCCCUCCUCCCUCAUGCGCCAGCUGUCCUUCUCCGAUUCGCUCAACGUCCGCGACUCCUGCAUCUACCGCCUCUCUCAGCUUCCUCAUUUCCCGCACAUCCUCCCCGCCUACCGGUAUUAUAUCUGCCCAUUUCUCCGUCCACCACCUCAGGACGAGUAUGUGCCGUACCAUUCUGCCCGGCUUGAGGUGUUUGGUGCUGUGCUGAGGGACGCUCGUCUCGGUGGCGUGCGCACCUCACGCCCAAACGGACACGUGGCACCACUCACACCAGUCACCAGUCACCACCGAGCGAACCUCAUCAGCCUCUCCAGCUCGGCAUUCCCAAGGCGUAGUUUGCCUCUCCGCUCAACGGUGCUGCACUGCCAGCAGGCGCAGCAUGGCCGUUCCUUUGACUCCACCCACGGUACCCGCGGCACACAGGGUGCCCGUCCCGUGAGACCGCAUGCCACCACUGCAGGAGGCGCGAAUUCGAGAGCAGCUGCUUCGGAUGAAGAUGCAUCUGGGGGAAGGGAUUUGGAGCGAAGGCAGGAGGGGAGACUAGCAGGGAGGCAGGAGGGGAGGGGCGUGGAGAUGCGGCAGGGGAGGGGCAUGGAUAGGGGCAUGGAGGUUCGGAUGUUCACAGAGGACUUGCCUACGCAGCUGGAGGCGAUCACUACAGGGGCGACGACGCUGGUGGCGGAGACGCAGAGGAGCCCCCCUGACGUGGACUAUCUGCAGGAGCUGCUGGCGAUCCAGCAGUCGGGGCCAAGGAACAUUGGCUUCUUUGGCACGCGCAACAUGGGGUUCAUGCACCAGCAGCUGAUCGAGAUCCUCAGCUAUGCAAUGAUUAUUACUGUGAGUGAAAUGCGGGCUCCGCUGAUUGAAAUCCUCAGCUACGCGAUGAUCAUUACGGUAUGUGAUCUGAGUGGGGCUGUAUCGGGUGUUCUUUCUGGCACGCGCAACAUGGGCUUCAUGCACCAGCAGCUGACCGAGAUCCUCAGCUAUGCGAUGAUCAUCACUCUGAUGAUCAAAACUCGCUCCCUAGUCUUCCUCUCCCCAAUCUCCUUCUCCCCUUCCCCCAUUCUCCCCCGCCCCUCACCACUCCCGCUCUCUCCACUUCCCCCGACAUCCUCAAAACAACCACAUCUACACGUGGGGGGCGGCGGGCACGAACGCAGCAGUGAUCCGCGGGGCGCUGAGGGCGGAGAAGGCGCCUCACAUGUGGAGCAUCCCCCUUCCCCUCCCCUCCCCUCCCCCCCCCUCUUGCUUGCAGAACAACCACAUCCACACAUCAGGCGCAGCGCAGCGGGCACGAACAACAACCACAUCUACACGUCGGGGGCGGCAGGCACGAACGCGGCGGUGAUCCGCGGGGCGCUGAGGGCGGAGAAGGCGGAGCUGCUGACUGUCAUCCUGCCGCAGUCGCUGGGGAAGCAGCCGCCCGAAAGCCAAGAGCUGCUCAAGAAGGUGGAGAACCUGGUGGAGAAGCCACACAACGACCAUCUGCCGCUGCUCGAAGCCAGCAGGCUGUGCAACAUGGACAUUCUAUCGGAGGUGGAGCAUGUGAUCUGCUUUGCCUUCCACGACAGCCGGCUGCUCAUGGAGACAUGCCAGGAGGCCAAGGACAUGGGCAAGAUCGUCACGCUCUUCUACCUCGAUUAG